ACCCCUCUCUAGCACGUCAACAGGGUUGUUUCGUUUUCUUUCCCGAGGAGAGGAGACAGAAGUAGUCGCGAGGCAAGGAAGGCGGGGGGGGGGUGUGAGGAUUUGUGCGCAUGCGUACCAGCUCACGGUCUCCCUCAAGAUGGAAAGACAUCCUCCGUUGAUAGAUUCGCCGCGGAAGCGCUUUGAACUCGACGGCUUAGAGCCGAGAUUGCUAGACUGCGAGCGUGUUUCGCCUGAAGAGCGAGAAACGUGGAUGCCGGCUUCAUUUACUUCUGAAUCGUGGCUAGCAUUUAGACUAUACUAUUCUAUAAUACAGCCCUGCACUUAAAAAAAAAAAGACUGCGUAAAUGUAUAAAAAGCAAAAUAAACUGGUGGUAAAGCCUAAACGUGUGUUACAGAUAGUCGUGGGGACCCUGCUGUGCCAACAAAUGCUGCCCUCUUAAACGUUUAAUACUUCUCGGGAUGCAGGUAGCUAAAUCAGACAAACCCUACCCCAAAAUGAGAAGUUUUUAACAAUAAAUUAUGUAAUCCUUGUCAAAUUUCUGUCAAACUUGUUAGGAGGUAUGCACUUGACAAGCAGCAUCUGAUAUUCUAAAAUGAAUUUAAACAGUUGUUGAACAAUGUAGAUGCAAAAUGUUUUUUUUACUGUUGGCAUUAGAUUACAGUACAAACAAUAACACAGUGGGCCAUGGCUUGUACUUCAAGCAAGAGACAUUCAGUGUCAUUUUAACAUUUGGCAGCUGUAACAGCAGAAAUGAAGGUCAGCCUGAAUAGUUCUGCUAUCUCAAUCUAUUUAAGGAAGUCAAAUGAAAAUUUAUUUGCACAAUUACAACUCGGCUUUAUGGAAACACUAGCUUUGUGCUGGAUCUAUUAAGAGUCCAAAGCUACCUUGGUUAUACUACUGAAAUGACCAAUUCAACAAAUUAUAUUGAGCGCUAUGAAUAUUACUUUGAUUACCUUGAUCUAUCUCCAGUUGAUGCAAGUAAGCUGAAAGCCAACAGAUAUUCAAUUGUCAUAGGCUUUUGGAUUGGACUUGUUUCUUUCGUGGCAUUACUCUUCUUUAUUUUGUUCUACAUUUCUCGAUCUGGUACAACAUCCAUGAAGACUGGAGAUUCAAAGAAGUUUCCAUGGAAUUAUUCAGAAACUAUUCAUCAAAAUCUUGUUAACAAUGACACUGUAUGAACAUCUGUAGAUAACCAAGGAGAAAAAAUUGAAGGGCUUUGUUCAAGUAAUAGAUUACCAUGUCACCAUACGGACAAUUCAGUGUAAAACCUUCUCACAAAUGAAAUAUG